UUUGAGCCACAGAGUCUGUUUGUGAAUGACGUAAUGAGCGUAAAACAAGAUGGCGUCGUCUUAAGAAUAAAUCGGUGUGAAUGAGUUUAUCGGCGUAAAAGUCUGCCUCUUUAGAGGCUCUAGUGUUGUUUUACGGUUGUUCCGUAAAAUAAUAAUCUUCACGAUCAGAUAAGCGUGUUGUAGGCGUUAGGGAACGCCACAGAAUAGCCUGCGGAUAUUGUUUAUUUUCUCCUGCGAUUCUCCGGUGACAGCCGGGGAGGCGAGCUGCUGACAGACAGGAUGGACAGCGGAGAGUACAUCUCCACCAUGGAGAACAUGGACACGACUUUAGCGGAAUUAGGGGACGAAUUUACCUUGGGAGACAUCGACGAGAUGCUGCAGUUUGUCAGCAACCAGGUGGGGGAUUUCCCAGACUUGUUUGAGGACCAGAUGAACUCAGCAGGCUCUGUACAGAGUGGCGGUGCCAGCACCACCCCACGACCUGCUGUUCAAACCCCUCAAACCCCCCAAACUCCCCAGACACCAAACCCUGCUGCCUACCAGAGCUCCAACGUUAGCCUCGUCGCCUCCCAGACAAUGUCUCCCCAGUCUCUACCCCUCACGCCUCCCCUCACUCCCGCCCAGACCCCCUCCCCCACCAGCACCUCCUCAGGACAGCAGCAGGUGACCCGCAGCCCUCCUCUCCUUCAGCCACGGCCUCAGGUGGUCCAGCCCAUCCAGCCUCAGCCCCAACAGACGGCCCAGCCUGCCAUCCAGGUAUCACCUAUCUGGGACCACAUUCACACACAAACCCAGUGUUUGAAAUGGAUGCACACCCAGGGGAUCCCCAUGCAGACCCAGACCUUCCCGGUCCACACCCUGGUUCAGACCCACAGCCAGACGCCCCUGCCCAUCCAGACCCAGGCAGCCCAAACUGUGAUGAUUACCUCCAACGGCGGACGUUUCAUCCAGAACCCCGUCAUCUGCCACCAGAGCCCUACUCCUGGUUUCCAAGUCCUCCAACCACAGGUGCAGAGCAUUAUGACGUCACCACACCUCCAACCAGUGACCAUUCAGCACCAGCGCGUUCUGACCCCAACUGGUCAGACCAUCCAGACUCUCUCCACAGCGCCCACCACAGUCCACACCAUGCAACAGCAGGUGCAGCAAGUACCUGUUCUGGUCCAGCAGCCUCAGCUUCUGAAGACAGAGUCGCUGGUUCUGACAACACUCAAACCAGACGGCACACAGGUGCUGUCUACCAUGCAGAGCCCCACAGGGAUCACCACCUUGACCACUCCCAUCCAGAACACAGCUCUGCAAGUCCCGACGCUGAUGAGCAGCAACAUCCUGACCACCGUCCCUGUUAUGAUGGGAGGAGGAGACAAGCUGCCAAUCAAGCAGCUACAGCCAGGCUCCUCCCACUGCACAAACGGAGCCAGAUCAAGCAUGGAGCAAGGCCAGCUGAUGGGAGGAGGAGUAGGCCCGGGAGGAGUGGUGAAGGAGGGCGAGAGGAGGACGACCCACAAUAUCAUCGAGAAGAGGUACAGGUCCUCCAUCAACGACAAGAUCCUUGAGCUCAGAGACCUGGUCAUGGGCAAUGACGCGAAGAUGCAUAAGUCAGGAGUGCUGAGGAAGGCCAUUGACUACAUCAAAUACCUGCAACAGGUCAACCACAAACUACGACAGGAGAACUUGGCCCUUAAGGUGGCCAACCAGAAGAACAAGCCAGUGAUACUGUCUGAAGAUGUGGAGCUAAAACAAGAAAUAGUGAUGAUGUCACCUCCAGCCUCGGACUCUGGUUCUGGUUCCCCUCCCCAGUUCUCUCCUUACUGUGUGGACUCAGAGCCAGGCAGCCCCUUACUGGAUCACGAGCAGAUGAAGAGUGAGCCUGAUUCUCCCUCAUCGGUUGGAGUGAUGGAUCGUUCUCGACUGCUUCUCUGCGCCCUGACCUUCUUCUGCCUGUCCCUAAACCCGCUGCCAUCUUUGUUGGGCUCUGAGGCCUCAGGGAGCCCCAGCCUAUCUACGGGCCAUGGGCCAUCUAGAACACUUGUCUGGUUCCCAAGUCACACACAGGACUUUGCAUCGUGGCUGCGGUGCCUGUUGCCGUGGGUGAUUGUGUGGGUGCUGAGUGGGGUGGGAGCGGUGUGGGGCUGUGUCAGGGUGCUCUACCUGUGGGAGCCUGUCACACCCCUUCACUCGCCAAAAUCUGUGUUGUUCUGGAGGCAUCGCAAACAAGCCGACCUGCAUCUCAACAGGGGAGAUUACACAGCAGCCAUGGCCAGUUUAGAGACCUGCCUGUCUGUGUUGACCAGAGCUCUUCCCUCAACCAAUCUGGACCUGGUCUGCUCACUGUCCUGGAAUCUGAUUCGCUACUGCUUGCAUCGUCCAACACCCCUGGGCUGGCUGGUUCAUCAGGUUAGGGGAAAGCAUGAGGGGGAGGAGGCUAGGACUAGUGCGAGGGAUGCAGCACUGGUUUACCACCGGCUGAGCCAGCUGCAACUCACAGGAAAACUGCCUCAGCGUAGCAGCCUGUGGGCUUUGUCUCUGUCCCUGAGCGCUGUCAACCUCAGCGAGAGCGCCCAAGGCAAAAUGGCCCCUGCCCAGCUCACCCAGAUCUAUGUCACUGCAGCAAUAGCCCUGCGCACCAUGCUGGGCCACCACCUCUCCUGUCUACCUGGUUAUCUGUUGAGUUGUGCAGAGAGUGUGGCCAACCAAUCAGAGACCAAGCCGAUCCCUGACUGCCUGCGCUGGCUCUUCACCCCAUUGAGUAGGCAGUUCUUCCUAAGUUGUGAUUGGUCGGUGAAGUCAAAGAGCACAGACGGGGUGUACACUUCUCAGAGAGACCCAGCUGACCCCAUUGCCCAGCUGCACCGCUGUUUCUGCAGAAAGCUUUUGGAGAGAGCCGUUCACACCCUCAUCCAGCCACAGAGCGACUCUGAAGCAGGCAAACGCAAGAGCGACACUGGGGAGUUUUCCAGUGCCCUGGAGUUCCUCCAGUUAUUGAACAGCUGUACAGAGGACUCUCCUUCCCCUCCUCCUCCCUUCUCAACUCCUCCCAAUCACACCACCACUCCAGUGGGAGACCCAGUGAGUCGUUGGUGGGCUUUGGUCCUGAAGGCUGCCGUUCAUUGGCUGCAGGGCGAUGAUGUCGCAGUGAGGUCACUGUUGGCAGAAGCAGAGCGGAUGCCGAGGGCUCUACACACUCUUGACCACCCUCUGCCCAAGGCUGUGCUGCCGCUUUGCAAGGCAGUUCAGAUGAGUCUGACCCCUCUGAAGGGAGAAGGGGCGGUAGCCUGCCUGUCCCUCUGCGACAGAGCCAGCAGCUACCUGCGCUCCAGCGUCUCGGUACCCCUCGCCCAAUCUGGGAACUGGCUGAACAAGGGGGUGGAGCUCCUGGUCUGUGACCUUCUGCUGACCUUGAGGACCAGUUUAUGGCAGCGGGGAGGCAGCAGUAAUGGAGAACCUGGCCCGGCCCCUGGAUCCCAGUUGGCUGGUUUCCAGAAGGACCUCAGCGCGCUCAGAAAGCUCACACAGUGCUACAGACAGGCACAACACAAGGUGUUUCUUCAUGAGACCACAGUGAGGCUGAUGGCUGGAGCCAGUCCCACAAGGACACACCAGCUGCUGGAGCACAACCUCCGACGCAGGACACACAGCUCCUACACAGCCGAAGGCGAGUGCAUCCUGGGUGAGAGGGAGAGGGCUCAUGCCAUCUUGCUGGCCUGCCGCCACCUGCCCAUGCCUCUGCUAACCCCACCCGGGCACCGCGCCCGCCUGCUGGCCGAGGCCAAGCGCACCCUGGAGCGGGUGGGAGACCGUCGGUCUCUGCAGGACUGUCAGCAGAUCUUGCUGCGCCUCAGCGGGGGCACGACCAUCGCCGCCUCCUGAACACACACACGCACACUUCUAAACAAACACACACAGAUUAGGGCUACUCACAAUACAAUGAAAUGAUUAACUCUGUAAUUUCCCAUCAUACAUACAAAGAUGUAAACCAGGCUACACAUCCACAAACAUGUAAUUCUAUAAUUGUCACUCACUCACACCUUCAUACUGAUCAAGGGCCAUGAAUAUAAAGGCUUUUCUUCAAACUGCCACACUUCUCUCACACACAGACCGAUGAUUUUUACUGUCAUGGUUACAUCUAACUGUCAGCCCUGUAUCCACACAGCAGCUGAAACACUUGAAGGCUAUACAUUUGCUCCUUUCAUGCUUAGUUUCAUUGUUGCAGCACAAUCAUGCCACCUUCUGGUCAUUAAUAGUACUACGCUGGCUGGCUGACUGCCUCAUUUUAAACAAUGCUACACAACAAGGAAAAUCAGGUUAAAUAGGCCCCAAAGGGAGAAGGGACCAUUAUCUAAUAGCUGUUUAAAUUAAUGCAAUGCAACAGUGCAUUGAUUAGCUGUAGGAUACCAAGCUGUACAAUCAUUAUUGGAACACGGCAAUGUGAGUGCUACAAUAACUGUGUAAUGUCGCAUUAAACUGGCAAGAGUAUUCAAGAGUAGACAGCCGUGGUCUGUUAAGCAUGGCUGUGCUGUAGGAUGCAGACCGACUAGCUUGCUUUUAACCAUACAGUGCUGAGUAGUGUCUCUCCUUAUCUACCUCAUACACAGUACAAUGCCAGCAUUGUAUUGUGGAGCAAAAUAGGAUCAGCACCACGUCAGUUAUCCUGAAUUUGAAUUAAGUGACCGUUUGAAGCGAUGCUUCAAUCCAGUGCAGCAUCAUUCUAACAAACCCUGGCUGAGCUGCUUUAUUUAGACUUUAGGAUGCAGCAGUACAGUACUUUAUCAAUUUGAUUUACUGUUGCAGAAACUGCAGGAAUGACAGACAGCUACUGCUGGCAUGCUCAAAAAAACAGGGAAAAAUGACUGGAUUUGGGGAAUAUCUAAAUAACAGAGGGAAGCAGCUAGCCAUGGGCCAAUAAGUUUGAAAAUGCCUACCUAGACACACACACACUUACACAGAUGCAUAUACCUAUUACAUAUUAAAGUAAUUUCAUACAAACUCAUAAUGUGAUUGUAUAUAGGUUGUACAUAGGCAGAUAAACAGAAGUAGAUUAAACAGGAAGUCCUUACCCACUGCUUGAGAGGAGACACAUCAAAGAAUUCACCGUAACAUGUCAAAGUUGGCUCAUAAUGGUUUCCUGUCAGAGUCUGGAUCUGAUGGUCCAAAGCUCCGACCGGGAGAGCAAGGUCAGUCGCCUCACCCUUUAAAGUGAUACUCCACCAGAAAUCUUUUUAUUAUCAAACACUCUCAUGGUGGCUUUAAAGAAAGUCAUUUAUGCAGAACAGCGGCUGUGGUCAGUUUAAAUUCAUGAAGAUUUUCACAGCAGAAAGAAGUUUCAAAACAUUCAUAAACGUACCUGCUGUCCAUACUUGUAAGCCACCUUUUCGAGCCUACAGGCAGUGAGUGUUAGAUACUCAGAUUAUGUUGGGUGGUGUAUCACUUUAAGGUGAAAAUGGUCUGAACACAGUGAUAAAAGUGAGGAAUGGUAUUUCUUUGAAGUGAUGUCCACCUAUGAUGUAAAGCUCUCAAGCUAAAUGGCCUUGAUGUUAUGUAAAAAAGGUUAUUUUAUUAUGUUUUAUCAUAUUUGGAAUGAUGGAGGAGUUGUAUCUUUAUGAAAUAUUUGUCCAAUUUUCUUUUUAUUUGUAAUUGUUGGCCUAUUCAUGAUACAGCAUUUCUGUCAUUCCUGUUUCUGUGUUCUGAUUAUCUUAUUUAAUGGUUAUGUAAUGUAAUAUUAAUAUAAAUGCUUUUUGGGGGUGGAAGGGAGCAGUUUUGCAGUUAUGUCAUUUGUACUGUUUUAUAUAAGCAGCCUAGGGUCAGAAACUGUCAGAGGGAGAAUCUCUUAAGAGGAAGAUGUUGUGUAUUUUAUUGAAGAUGUAAAGCCUGCAUUCACAAAUUAGCCUGAUAUUUUAGAAUCACUCUUGCUUGAGUACACACUGUAAUUUCUUUGCUGUUUUUAAAGUACAAGCAAACACACAAGUAUGCUAUAUGAAAUGUCCAGAUCUCUGUCUUCCAGGUCAACCCAAGGUGUAAGUUAGAAACCUAAAGAGUCCUGAAAAUACUUCAGUUUAGAUUAUCUUUCCUGACUAGGAAAGAUAAUAGGUUGUUUGUAUGACAGUAGGUCAUACAAACCUAGUAGGUUGUUUGUAUGACAGAAAACCAAACCAGGUUCAACAGUGUGUAAAUUAUAAUUGAUUUUACAAAACUCAAUGCUGGUAAAAGUGUGCAAAGAAGAAAGCGAUGCUCAACCAGUCAUCUGCAGGCUGGAGUUUUUGCUAUCAUUAUAAAUAUGUUACAAUUGUUUUUUGUCUUUCCCCUUGGUGUGUUUUAUCAUCUUAAUUUCUGUUCAUUUUGAUGUUUGUUUUUAUAAUAAAACAACACAUGACAGUG